AUGGCCCCAUCGCUGAGUCGGGUGUCAGAGUUCUGGACCACAUGGGGGCUCCGGAUCACUUGCUACCUCAGCUUCUCGGCCCAUGUCCUCCUCGUCGUCUUCGCCAGAAGCCGCCGGCACGGCACAUCCCGCUGGCAGCGCGGCGUUCUGUGGCUGGCCUACCAGACUGCAGAGAUUACAGCGACGUACGCCCUGGGCGACCUGUCCCUCUCCGGCACAGACGAUGACGCAGCGUCGCCGUCACGGCAGCAGCAGCUGAUCGCGUUCUGGGCGCCGUUCCUCCUGCUGCACCUGGGCGGCCCGGACAACAUCACCGCCUAUGCCCUCGAGGACAACCAGCUCUCAGAGCGCAAAUGUUACGAGAUCUGCGCGCAGCUCGUCGGAGUCUUCUUUACCUUGUACAAUUACAUAUACCUCGGAGGCAGCAGGGCUCUGCUGGCGGCCUCCGUCGUCAUGGCUCUGCUGGCUCUUGCCAAGUACGCCGAGAAGGCGUGCGCAUUGUACCAAGGCAAAUUAGGCAACAUGCGGAGCUCGAGCGAAGGCAUGUCGUCGUCUCACAUGGACCUUUUUGUAUCCUCAAGCGGAAGAGGAGUCGAUAACGAGCAAGCCCUGCUGUAUGCUCACAAGCUGUUCCAUUUCUGCAAGCGCGCCAUGUUCGACUCUUCCGUCCACAUGCCGGCCGACGACGACUCUUCCGGCGGUGGCUAUGCUACCAGCGUCAAGAUCUUCUCCUUGGAGUGGAAGGGCAUCUUCAAGGUGGUGGAGAUGGAGCUCUCCCUCAUGUACGACAUCCUCUACACCAAGGCGGCCGUGGUCCACACCUGGAAAGGCUAUCUGCUCCGCCUCAUCUCGCCGGUCGCCACCGCCGCCGCCGCCUCCCUGUUCUGGACCUGGGCCUACCCGGAGCAUGGCCUGGAGCCGGCCGACGUCCGCUUCACCUACAUCAUGCUGGCCACUGCCUUCCUCCUGGAUGUGCUAUGGCUGGUGAGGGCACUGGGCUCCAGCUGGACCUACUCGUUCCUGACAGCUCAGCCACCGGAGUUGCUUUGGCUUCAGCACGAAGUUGUUUGCAGUGGAAGGUGGCGCCGGCUCCAUCGCAUCCUGGCGUCUCUGGAUCCGUGCUGGCUAGUCUUUGGCAAGGAUCCAGCCAGCUACAGGAGGUGGUCGGGCGUCACUGGGCGCUACAACUUGCUGCAGGAGUGCACUCGUCGUGCUGAUGGUUCGGAUCGGGUACCUUCGACGAGCAGCCACAAGUUCUUGACCUCCUUAUUCGGGUGCCAGAAAGAAGAUGUCAAGGAGAUGCUGUUCCAACGGAUAAAGCAAAGGUUGCCGCUGUCCAAGGACUACCAAACUCACCCGGAGGAUGCCUACGACAUGGUGGAUAUCACGACACGCUGGGGUCACGUGGCUGUCAGGAAAUUCCCGGACAAAAGCAAACUCAAGGACCUGGAGCUCAAGCUGAACUUCGGGCGUGAGUUCCAGGAGGACGUCCUCGUAUGGCACAUUGGCACCUGCAUCUUCCUGUACUGCACUGACCAGCCGCUCACCACAGGACCCCUUGUGAAGGCGAUCGAGGUGCUGUCGGAGUACCUGAUGUUCCUGGUAGCUGCGCGUCCACACAUGCUACCGGGCCUCGUGCUCCGAAGCCUGUUCGAGGAUACCUUCAGAGCUUUGGGCCAAGAAUGGAAGAAGACAUGCGAGGCUGAGAGCAAUGGCCGCAGCUUUGGAGCCAGGAGAGAGAAGCUUGCCAUGGCCCUGCACGAGGAAUCGCUUGAGAACCAAGGCCGGAGCCGGCGCGAGCGCGAUGGCAAGAACCUGCUUAUGCUGGACGGAAUCGAAGUUGGCAUGGAGCUGCUGAAGUUUCACGACGAGCACAUGCAUCAACUGCUGGAGCUCGUCUUCGACGUGUGGGUGGAUAAGCUCAUGUACGCGAGCACACGGUGCAGCAGGGAAUCCCACGCCAAGCAACUCAGCCGCGGCGGUGAGCUCACCACCAUCGUGUGGAUUAUGGUGCAGCACGCUGGCCUGUUUCGCAUUGGGGAAACUAACGAUCAAACAAGUGACAGGACUACUUAUAUCCCCAAAAGGGGUGAAGAGGAAAGGACGAAGAAGAAAGAGGAAGAGGAGAAAAAGAAGGCAGACUAUCCAACUCCGUGUCCGCGUCCGAUUCCACCUCCAGCACUACAUACACCAGGGCUUUGGCUUGAACCAGCUCCAGAUGAUCUCCCAUCGUAUACAACAUGGUCUGAACUACCUCCACAGCCUGAACCGAAACCAGAGCCUCCACGUGCACGGCCUGAUGAACCGAAACCAGCGCCUCCGAGCCCAGCGCCUAUGUUAUCUGAGAGGGCCAGGAAACGAAGGGCACGGACUACCACGUAUGCUACGCUGUAUCCAGCGUAA